AUGUCUCAGAGGUCGACUCGUCGUGCGAAUAUUACCAACCAAAGCGAUGAUGGCUGUAACCGCUGCCGUAACACCGAGUCGCUCAAUCGGGCACUGAUUUCAGCAUCCACGCCCGCCCCCGCAGCGCCACGACCGCCCGACACACCAGGAGCCGACGGGGUCAGGCAGCUGUACUCUACACACUGCUCAGUUUACACCCAGGUCACACCUGCUGGAGUGCUGCAGAGCAACAAACAGCAACUUCAGUCCAUCCGGCUGCCCUCAAGGAAUCACAUAGAGGCAGGAGAGAGCUUUCCAUCAAUACCUGAGGAGGAGACAGGGGCGGAGGACAAGCUGGGCUGGGCGUUCGGACUGGGCCUGGAGCGGCUGGCCAUGGUCCUCUACGGCAUCCCGGACAUCCGGCUGUUCUGGAGUCGGGACGAACGCUUCCUCAAACAGUUCAGAGUGCAGGACGUCCACCAAGCCAUCUGCUUCCAGCCCCUCAGUAAGUACCCCCCACUCCACAACGACAUCUCCUUCUGGCUGCCGGACAGCAGAGAGGGCUUCACCGAGAACGACUUCUACGAGCUGGUGCGCUCCAUCGGAGGAGACCUGGUGGAGAAAGUGUCUCUGCUGGACGAUUUCACUCACCCAAAGAGCGGUAGGCGGAGUCAGUGUUACCGCAUCAUCUACCGUCACAUGGAGCGAACUCUGACCCAGCAGGAGGUCCGACUCGUCCACCAGCAAAUUGAACAUGCCGCUGAGAGCGAGCUGGGUGUGCAGGGCCGAUACUGAGACACACACACCCACACACACCCACACAUAUCUAUAUGGAUUCACACACACAUCAUCUCAGAGCUGUUAAGCAGCUUCAUCACAUCCGCAGCUGUGAGAUUUCGCCGUAGGGGGAAACACGUUGACUUCAAUAAAGACGUCACCAUCUUUGAUGCUGCUGCUGACACACACACACACACACACACACACACACAGCCAUCCUCGGCCUUUGUUGGCUCCUCUCAAGGCUGAAACAUUCACUUGCGUCACUUUUAAUUUUCCAAAACCUGGGUGAGCGCGUGCAGACGGCGGUCGCACACCGGCAGCAGUUUGUGAUGCUUAAAGAGCCGAAGCCGGACCUCAGCAGCUGCUCAGCCUACAAAGACACAUCAGAACAUCUUUAUUAUCCGUGCCUCGGCUAAUCGAUCCAUCGGAGUCGCUGCUGAACCGAGCCCAGUGCUGAAUGUGUUUGGAGGUUUGUUCCCUCGUUAAUGAGAGCACAGUGGGACGGACCAGAAACACCUCGGAGCACGAAGACGCUCUGACCGCAGAGACGCUGUCUGUGAGCUGAACUGCAGCACAUAAAAAUGAGUCACUUUCACUGAUUUCCCUCCAUCAUUAUUGGGAGGAUGAUACUCUGCCUGCAGGUUCAGCUUUCACCUUCUUAGUUUUAAAUUUGCUAGAACAUGAUGUGCUGGUCUGAAACUAAAUCAGGAGAGUGACACAGAGGAAACGUUUUUCCAUCUGUCAGAAACUCCAGGAUGGCUUCCCUGUGGAAGUCACAGCACACUGCACCACGGUGACAGGACCUAACACUGUGGUCACUGUGGUGGCAGGCCACGGUCGGUCACCACAGCCAGGGGUCACCUCGAGAGUUCUCCGUGAAGUGUCAAAGGUGUGUUUCCACCACAGGUUACCUGAACUUCUAGCAACUCAAAGCUUCAUCAGUUUCAGCGUCUCCAUGGUGACGAUGUUUGUUUCACUCCCAUCGUUUCAGUGAUGACUGUAACCCUGGUAACCCACUAACAGGUUACCGGGGUUACAGUUGGGGUUGAGUUAAUCUCCAACUGCUUUGUGUACUUUGUGUGUGUCCUAAACGCACACGUGAGGCUUCAUUUGAAAGGUCCAUCUUCUAGAUGGCGAGGCCUGGGCUUCAGUCUGCGGCCUGUGACGCGUCGCCCUCAUGGGGUCAAAUAAUCAGUCAGGCGGGUCAGAGGCUUCCUGAAAUCCACGCUGCUGUUUGAGGGGCUGACGUCAUUAUUUUAACCUCUCAGGGCGAAGUCGACCCUGCCUCCACCACAGCCCUGCCUCCACCACAGCCCUGCCUCCACCACAGCCCUGCCUCCACCACAGCCCUGCCUCCACCCACAGCCCUGCCUCCACCACAGGCAGCCAGAAUAGGUGUUGUAACUUUGCUUCUUAUUAAAUUAUUAAAGUCUUGGCAGUCAUAGGGUUAGGAUCAAGAUCGUCACCUAUGAGGGAGUUUAAAAAUGUUCUGGACAUCAUUUUCCACUUUUCCUUCCUUCGCCCUGUGGAGGCAGUUUUCAGGGGGGAGAUGUUGCUCUGCUGGGAGCUCAGAGGAACGGAGGGCCGAGUAGAACCUCAGAGCAGUUUUGUGGUGCUGCAGUCGGUACGAAGCCAGAUCAGACUGAAAUGUUCAGUGUCUCCAACUCGCUCACAUUCAUGUGAUCCGGUAACAAGCACGCUCCCAUGGAAUUGGUUUAGUUAGAAUAUGGAACAUGAAUUCCUCCUCAGUAAUCAGGAAAGUCGUCACCUCCGGGUGCAUCCAGCAAACACUGUGACCAAGCUGAAGUUUCUGUAAGAGGGGAGGGACUCAUCAGUGAUGAGUCUGAAACAGCUGAGGGAAUAAAACUGAUUUCAUUUUUACAAACUGGAGUUUUUUUUUCUUACCUGUAUGAACGAGAGCUUCACCUGAAGCUGUGUUUGUGU